GGGCGGUCGGCCGCCGGCUGUGCCCGUCACCGUGUCCCGCGAGCCGGCACAGAAGAGUGCGCUGCCAUGGCCGCCGCCGCCUGCGAUCGGGUCAAGUUCCCCUGGCUGGGCAAACACAAGCGCUCGUCCUCGGAGCCGGCCGUCGACGAGGCGGAUGACCCCGCUGGCGCCGCCGUCGAGCGCGCCUCGACGCCCGGUUUCUCGGCGGCGCGCAGCAUCAGCCAGGAGCUGGUGCGCGAGCCGAGCCGCGCCGAGCGCUGGACCGACUCGCUGCGCAAGUCGCGCGACCGCCUGCGCCAGCGCUUCUCGCUGAGGGACGAGCGCCGGCCGCAGAGCGAGCCGACCUCGCCGAGCCCGCCGAGCCAGCCGGUCGAGGCCGCUGCUGACCGCAGCGCCGUCGGCAAGCCGGUGGUGCGCUUCGCCAAGACGUGCCGGCGCGACGUGCCCAAGCCGUACCGUUUCCUGCGCGAGAAGCUGAGCCCGCGGCCGCGCUCGCUCUCGCCGCACAACGGCAGCAGCAACAACGAGGACGAGGUGGUGUUCGCGUUUGGCACCGCCAGCCGCGAACCCGAAGAGCACAUCUACGACCCGGUCGGCGAGCCCGCCGAUCCGGACGAGCCGCCGCGCGCGGCCGACGACUCGACCGACGCGCACGACGACGAGUUCGCGCGCUUUUCGCGCUUCAGCAAGCGGCAGCCGGAGCCGGGCCGGGAUUUCCCCAAGUCGGUCCGCUUCGGCAAGAAGCGGGUCUCGAGCGACAGUGACAGUGUGGGCGUACGUUUCAAGCCGCUGUCGACCUCCUCCAGCAAGGACGAGGACCUGGGCAGCUACCAAGGCCUGCAGCGCGUGCGGGUGCAGCUUAAGGAUGACGUGUCGGGCCUGAACCUGGUCAGCAAGUUCGUGCAGCCGACCCCGGACGUGGUGGCCCUGCCGCCGAUCGAGAUCCAGCAGCUAGACGAGCCGCCGCGCGCCAAGAUCCGCGAGUACUGGGAAAGCCGACGCGCUCUCACGGCCAAGCCGCCGCGCAAGAAGAAGCGCAGCGAGGAGGGCGGGCCGCGCUCUCAGUCGGCCGACCAGGCUGACAGCCGCACCAUCGCCAUCUUUGGCACCGCCUCGCGCCGCGGCGCCGUCUCGCUGCUCGACGUGCGCGACGUGCGCUACGCCGACGAGUCCGCCACUGAGGAGAGCGCCGACUACGGCGACGGGCGGAGCUACCGCCGUCUGCUGGACGACGGCGACGGCGGCCCGUACCGGCCGACGCGCGUGCCGCGCCGCCCGCCGCUGCCCGAGCACAGCACGGUCACGUCCAAGCUGGUGGUGGACAUUCGCGGCGGCGAGCCGGAGCGCGAGGGCGCCGUGCAGGUGGAGACCUGCGAGGAGCAGCCGCCGACGCGGCCGCGCCGCUCCAGCCGCGCCGCCGGCGACGCGCCGCCGGCCGGCCACAACGACACGUUCGACAGCAUUGGCGAGGGCCCCGACCAGCUGGAGGUGACGCUGUGCGCGCGCGGCAGCGUGACGAGCGAGGGGCCGCGCUCGCUGCACUCGUUCCAGCAGGAGGAGCUGGGCAGCGGCGACGAGCUCAUGCUCAUCGUCCACGACGACGGCAAGGGUCAGCAGGAGGACGAGGACGCGGCGAAGGGCGCCGAGCACAACAAGGAGAACCGGCCGGAGGUGGAGCUGCGCAGACAGACUCCGGCCAAGCCCGAGUACGCGCACGUGCGGAAGCGCUCGUCGGUGCUGCAGCAGCAGGAGGAGGCGGAGUACGACUACCCGCCGCCGGUGCCUAAGAAGCUGAGUGAACUGCGGCCGCCGUCGCCGGUCGUGCCGCCGCCGCGCCGCCGCCCGGCCAGCCUCUCGCCGGGCCGAGCCGAGCUCAACGGGAACACCACCUGGCCCAAGAGGCGCCACUGCACGGCGCCGGUCGAGCCGGCCGAGGAGGCCGAGCCCGUCGCGCCGCCGCCGCGCACCGUCAAGCGCAGCAAGAUCCGCAGCAGCACGGUACCGCGCGGCUACAAGUCAGGUCGCGGCGCGCGGCCCACACUCUAUCAUCUGGCGAAGCAGCGCUCGCAGGAGGACGCCGUUGACAUGAAGAACCGGCCGCUGCCACCGCCGCCGCCGCCGCCGCGCAAGAAGCCGACGGGGCGCUCCGACCCGGCGCUGGCCGGCUCGACCGAGUCGCCGCCGCCGCCGCUGCCGCCGCCGCGCGCCGCCUCGCCGCCGCCGGCGCCGGGCGAACUGUGGGAGGCGGGCAGCGAGCCGAACCUCUCGUCGCAGGCAACGGACGCGCCGUCCGAAAUCACGUUGCGCUCCGAGGGCAGCGACGGCACGCUGGACGCCAGCCAGACGACGCUGACGUCGGGCCGCGACCCGGGCUGUGAAAGCACCGACGACGAGUUUUUCUCGAUGGCGAGCGAGUCGCGCCCGCCGCCCGAGAAGACGGCCGCGUCGCCGCCGACGCCGCGCGCCCGCCACCAGCAGCCGCAGUCGGCGGUGCAGCAGGAGCAGCAGCAGCAGCAAGUGGCCGCCGCCGGCCAGGUGGCGGCCGCACCCCGCCACGUGCUCGUGCCGCACUUCAUCCAGCGCGUGUCAACGACGGAGAUGGACGCCGCCUCCGCCAAUAUCAUCGACCUGACCGCCGGCCGCAUCAAGGUCACGGAGCUUGAGGUGGACCGCAUCUACAUCCGUGAGGGCCGCGUCAAGCUCAUCCGACACGAGGACGGUAGCGAUGACGAGGCGACCGGCGGCGGCGGAGGAGGAGGCGGCGGCGGCGGUGACGGCGGGGAGCGGACCGCGCGCCCGGCGCCGGCGGCGACCGAGCCCGGACUGACGGGCGCAGGCGCGCCGCCAGCCUCCGGGCCGGCCCCGCAGGCGCGCUCAGCGGCCGACCCGCCGAGCAGCUCCGACUCGUCGGACAGCCGGCCGCCCGACCCGGGCCUGCUGCGCGAGCUGGACGCUGUGGAGAGCCUCUUCCGCCAGAUCGGCUCGUGUCUGUCGGAGCUGCAGCAGCCGCAGGCGCGGCGCGGAAGCGACCCGCCGGCCGCCGCCGCCGCGCCUGGCGCCGCCGAGGACUUUAUCCCACGAUGUGGCAGUGACUCAGAUCCGUCGAGCGGCUGCCCGCAGCGCAACAGCGGCGACGACGUGGACGCCAGUCCGGUGCUCGCACCCGCAGAGGCCGGACCCAGCGUGUCCGCGCGCCUGGAGAGCAUAAAAAGCACGCUCGAGCAAGUGAUAUCACCGGCGUCGGCCGAGCGGCGGUGCCUCGCGUCCGGUCAGGCGCAGCAGUGUGGCGCCAGCGGCGGCGGCGAGCGGUGCACAGAGUCGUCGGACGCCGACGCCGAGCGCAUCUACGGCAUCCCGGCGGAGGCGGUGGACGCGCCCGGCCGCCGCGCGCGCCUCGGCCACUUGUUCACCUCGUUCGGCAAGGGCCUGAAGAAGAAGCCGGCGCCGCGCAAGGAGCGCCGGCCGCACAGCCAGUUCUACGUGGAGUUGGACCGGUCGGACGCCGACUCGGACAGCAGCGGCGUCGAGCGGCGGCGCAGCGACCCCUCGCCGGGCUCUGUCUCCUCGGAGGCGGUGAUGGGUGGUUCGGCCAGCACGCCCGACCGCCGUCUGGCGGCCGCUCCCCCUGUGUCGAGCGAGGGUCGUCUGCAGUACGCCCGUGUCAUCGAGGAGUUCAGCUCCAACUUGGCCACGCUUUGCAAGCAGCUGUCGGCGGAGCAUGCCCCGUCGACUGAUGACGGCCCAGAACCGGAACCGGAGCCGGAGCCGCAGCUGGUGCCAUCGCCGUCGCAGGAACCGGAACAGGAGCCGGAGCCGGCGAGCGAGGCGCUCGAGACGGCGCCCGAGCUGUCCGACAGCGACUCGGACACGGAAACGCUGCACACGGCGUGCGACCAGCCGCCGCCGUCGCCCGACGCGAGCAAGUCGUACCUGGUGGCGCGCGAGCUGCUCUCGUCGGAGGAGACGUUCGUCGACGUGCUCCGACUGCUGAACGAGGACUUCCGAGCGGCGGCCGAGGCGGUGGCGGCGGACGCCAAGUCGCCGGGCGUGCCGCCGGCCGAGCUGGCCGCCAUCCUCUGCCACCUGCCCGAGCUGCAGCGGCUCAACGAGGAGCUACUGCGCGACCUGCGCUCGCGGCUGGACAACUGGGCCGCGCACCCGGCCGUGGCCGACGUGAUCGUGCGCAAGGGGCCGUUCCUCAAGCUGUACUCGGCCUACAUCCGCGACUUUCAGGCGCAGUGCCACAUGCUGACCGACUGCCGGCAGCGCUACCCGGGCUUCGACGCGGCCGUGGCGGCGUUCGAGGCCAGCUCGCGCUGCCGCCGCCUCUCGGUGGCGCACUACAUGCUGAAGCCCGUGCAGCGGCUGCCGCAGUACCGCCUGCUGCUGGAGGACUAUCUGCGGCGGCUGGAGGUGGGCGCCGUCGACUACGACAACACGCGCGCUGCGCUGGAGGUUGUCUGCGAGGUGGCUGACCACGCCAACAAGAGCAUGCGAGAAGGGGACAACUUCAAGAAGAUGCUGCAGAUCCAGGAGCGUCUGCGCAGCUCUGACGUCAUCAAGCCGGGUCGCAGUUUCCUGCGCGAGGGCGAGCUUCUCAAGCUGUGCCGGAAGGGCCCGCAGCCGCGCUUCGUCAUCCUGCUGACGGACAGUCUGCUGCUGACCCGGUACACGGGCUCGGCGUCGGCCGCCGCCGGCCCGCUCGGUCUGGACUACACGCUGCCGCUGGCCGGCAUGAAGGUCAGCCUGCCGGUCGGCGUGACGGACGAGUACCAGAACGAGUUCUCCAUCGUCUCCACCACACGCAGCUUCAGCCUCACCGCCGGCUCCAGCAAGGAGCGUGAUGACUGGGUGAACGCGCUGAUGGGCGCCAUCGAGAAGAACGCCUCCAACAGGUCCACGUUUAACGCAGCGACCGCCGGCACCCAGCCAUCCGACAACAGCGAGCUGGGUGCUAAGGCCCCGGUCUGGGUGCCGGACAGCCGCGCCAGCAUGUGCCAGCUCUGCACGGCCGAGUUCACCGUCACCAACCGGCGGCACCACUGCCGCGCCUGCGGCAAGGUGGUGUGCGGCGACUGCUCGCUGGGGAAGGCGCCGCUCAAGUACCAGCACAACUGCGCCGCACGGGUCUGCGACGUCUGCCUCGACGCGCUUCAGAAAGACUUGGAAGAUGCAGACGUAGACCCACAGAACACAUCUCAAUCAAGGAGGUCCUCGCCAGGGACGGUGGGCAGAAAGGCUUUGAGGAGGGUCCCAAAGCGACUGGAGGUCAGCGCCAGCGUGGCCGGCUGCCAGAUGAGCGGCUGCCUGCAGCGGCGCUCGCGCAAACAGUGGAAGCGCUUCUGGUUCGUGCUGCGCGACCGAGUGCUCUACAUGUACAGGGCGUCGCAGGACGUGGUCGCCAUGGACGGCCUGUGCGUGCUCGGCUACCGGGUGGAACCCAUGAAAGACUCCCCGGUGCGGUCGUAUGAGGGCGUGGACUCGCAGCUGGUCUUCCAGCUCACGCACCCGAACCAGCCGCCGCUGGUGUUUCACGCCGACAGCCGUGCUCUGGCCGACAAGUGGGUGACCAGUCUUCAGGGCGCCACCGUCCUCACCUAGCGGGCCCGCGCGGCGCCGGCCGCCACCACCGUAGCAUUUGCAUGUCGUCUUUCAUAUCAUGUCAUACUGCUAAUUGUGAGAUCGCUCAAGACGCGGGGCCGGCGUUACCUGUGCGACGAACGCGGCGCGGUGCGCCGGUCGCCAUAUUGCUGUGGUGUCGACGCCCGGCCGCCAGUCGACUAGUCAUAAUCGCCGCCAUCCCGCCCACGCGCGCGCCGUUCUGGCCCGCCUGCCUCUGUCGGGCCGGGUAGGUGGGCGCCCGUGAGGCUGCCUGGACGCCUCGUGCGUGCGUGCCACGCCCGUCACUAACAUGAUGGUGGAGUUGUAUAAUUUAUCUACGGUUGUUUGUAGUCGAUGGCCGCGUGUCGGCGCCCGCACAGUACCUCUAACAAUGUUGUCGGCCGCGUGGGCGCGCGCACGCCGCGGCCGCGCCCUGCAGCACCCUCGCUGGCUCGUGGGGCUGCCCCUCGGAUUGUUGUGCCCGCCACCUCUUUUGGAGCUAAUACAGUCGUCCCG